AUGUGGCAUUUGCAUAAGGCCACUUGUUUAACGUCAUGGUUUGCUGGUGGGAGAUCCAACAAAACAUGCCCCGACUGCCGAGCUCCGGUUAAAACACCACCUGCCCCUGCAUACCUGGUCCGUGCGGUCGUCCAACUAUUCACGAGUCGUGCAGAGCUUUUAGAAAAGGGAGAGACGACGACCGAGCAUACGCGCCAUCAACGUGAGGAAGCUGAAAAGUUGGAAAACGAUAAGAAGAACACGCAUCCCAAAGAAGGCGGAUUAUUCCGUGGCACAUUCAACAAAAAACCUCCCGUCGCACAGCCGAUCGUUGACCUGGAGGACAAUGUCGUUCGCUGCCCGCGCUGUUCAUGGGAGUUGGAAGAAGACUCAAAUUGCGCACAGUGUGGAUACCGACACGAUGAAUGGGAUAUUCCAGAUACAUCAGAUGCAUCAGAUUCAACCGAUUCAGGUUCAACCGUUUCAAUUAUAACCGAUUCAGAGGAGAAUUCUGAGAUGACGGACUACAUGGAUGACGAACUCGAGGAUGGAUUCGGCGAAUUAGACGAUUUCGAUUGGAAUGGUUUUCAGAAUGGGGUUCCUAUUCAGGGGAUGGUUGACGAUCUUCCCCGUCAUUUAUACAGCAUAAUUCGCCAUUAUCAUCAUCAUCAUCCUCCCCCACCUCACUCACACCACCCUGUCUUUGCACGCAAUAGCCACUACGAUGAAACGUCUUCAACUGCUCAUGACACUGAAGAAUCGAUUGACGACUACUCGGAUGACACAGAUAUGGACUCGUUUAUUGACGACGAUGAACAUAUCGACCAGGAUCAGGAUUCAGACUCGGACAGAUCUACGGUGGUCGGAGGCCCUGAAACUCGCCACUCGUCGGACCAAUAUGAAGUCCAGCUGAGCUCGGAGAUGACCAUGGCUCUGGCCGACGACUGUACCGAUGAUGGCUUGAGUAGUUUAGACGAGAUCCCAGAUAGCGAAGAGGAUGAUGAGGAUGAUGAGGAUGAAGAUGAUGAGCCUAUCCGACCUCCCGUAACCGGGAAUCGGCGCCGUCUAUUCCUAGCCUCUAAUGGGGCUUCAAAUCCGCCUGUUCUCUCGCGUCGAGCUCCGCGAGCUCCGAACGUGGAUCCCUACGCGAUGCGCCGGCAGGCAUCACGUAGUCAAAGUACAAACACGGCAGGAACUUCCGCCUCGAAUGCAAUAACUCUGGACGAUGAUUCUGACGAAGGCCCAGUUCGACCGUUCCGAAGGAAUUGUCGGCAUGCCGCUCGUUAA